AGAUUCAAUCAUGAAGACAUCGUUGGCCUUUGCCACACUAGUGCUGUUUAUUGCGGCGUUGUUGAUUCCACAAACGAGCUGCUCACUAAAGGAAGACCUACACGACUUCGUAGAACUGCUCCCGAAGGACGAACUCGCUGAAUUGGCAUUCCAUUACUUCACCGUCGACCAGGAAUUCGAGGAUGCGUUUAUCUACCUGAAGGGCGAGGAGUUCUCCGUCGUUUGGGAUGAGUUUUUCGGAGUGCAAGUGGUGAAAGAUGUGCUAAACUACCUACAGGAUGCUGGUCUCAAUGUGUACGGAGUUCUGAAUAUGAUUGCCGAUCAUCUCGAAAAGAAUCACGUGUAUCCGACUGUGAUGAAGGGGAAGUUUCGAGAGGGUGGAAUAAGUGGAUUCACAAAUGAAGUGCUCUCGAUGCUUCCAACAGAGGAGCUGAAGGCCAUGUUUGAGGAGAAAAUGCGAACCAGUGACGAUUUUAGGGAUUUUUACGAUAAACUUCAUCACGCGGACUUCCACAAGCUGCUUGAGCUGUACAAUAGCUGUGAGGAAGUGCAAUCGUUCCUUCAAAAAUUGCGAGACCACGGAAUUGACGUCGAUAGCAUAUUUAGCAUCAUCGCUGGUAUUUUUGGAUGGGCGAUGAUCUAGGUCGAUAGUAAGAAUGAUAAAAUAG